CUUAAGGUGCUGAGAUCGAAAUAAUAUCAUCAAACGGUUUUCAACAACAAAAUGAACUACGACCUAGAAGAUGUCGAUCGUUAUUUUGACGCUUUCGAUUACAUUGUAUUUGCCAUUAUGUUGUUGGUGUCUGCCUUAAUUGGUGUUUAUUUUGCAUUUUUUGCGAAAGUGAAACAAAAUACUACACAAGAGUACCUCAUGGGAGGAAAGACUAUGGGCAUAUUUCCAAUUUCGAUGUCAAUGAUUGCGAGUUACAUUUCAGGAAUAAGUAUAUUAGGAAUUCCAGCUGAAAUGUAUACUUAUGGCACACAGUUCUGGAUGAUAAUUGCCUCAGAAGGAUUCGUGUCGUUGACUAUGGCAGUAGCAUAUUUGCCAGUUUUUUAUAAACUCCAAAUAACUUCUAGUUAUGAGUAUUUGAACUUGAGAUUCAACCAGACAGUACGAUUAUUUGGUUCAGUUUUAUUCCUCAUGAAAAUGAUGUUAUACAUUCCGAUAGUAAUAUAUGUACCUGCUCUAGCUUUCAGUCAAGUUACUGGAAUCAAUUUACACCUGAUUACUCCCCUUGUAUGUGUUGUUUGUAUAUUCUACACAACAUUGGGUGGCUUGAAAGCAGUUGUUUGGACAGACACUAUUCAGACUGUUGUAAUGUUUGGUGCCUUAAUAGCAGUUGUGUUUAUGGGAACCUACUCGGUUGGUGGUUUUUCUGAAGUAUGGAAAAGGAGUAGAGAUGGCGGAAGAAUAGAUUUCUUCAAUUUCGAUUGGGAUCCAACAAUAAGACAUUCGUUUUGGACUGUGACAAUAGGAAACUUCUUUUCGUGGAUGGCGUCCUGUUCAAUAAAUCAAGCCAUGGUCCAAAGAUGCUUAGCGAUGCCAUCCCUUCGUUCUGCCAGAGUAACAGUGUUGAUUCUAGUGAUAGGAAUAAUGACUUUGGUGUCGAUGUGUUGCUACAUGGGUUUGCUUAUUUAUGCAUACUACUAUAAAUGUGAUCCGGUCACGAGGGGAUCAAUCUACAAAUCUGAUCAGUUAUUGCCGUAUUUUGUUAUGCAUAUAGCAGCUAUAAUGCCAGGUCUGCCAGGACUAUUCGUGAGCGGAGUCUUCAGUGCAGCUUUGAGUUCUAUGUCUACCGGGCUCAACUCUAUGACCGGAGUGAUAUUCGAAGAUCUUGUGAAACCAAGAAUGAAACAGCCGCUGACAGAAAGUCAAGCAAGUUUUUUAAUGAAGAUCAUUGUAGUUAUAAUCGGGAGUAUUUGUGUGGCAUUGGUAUUUGUAGUGGAAAAAAUGGGCGCUCUGAUACAAGCUUCAGGAAGUUUGGGUGCAAUUACAGCAGGACCACUUCUUGGGAUCUUCACUUUGGGGAUGUUCUUCCCAUCUGCCAACUCAAUGGGAGCACUGAUUGGGGGCAUAACAAGCAUCGCAUUGAUCAGCUGGAUAUCGAUUGGAACUCAAAUCAACAUGGCACAGGGUUUAAUAAGAUUUCCUCAAAAACCUGUAUCUGUAGAAGGUUGCAAAGUGGACUGGUUAUCAGAAUAUCUUACUUUAUCCAUAGACAACCCCACAUCUACUAACAUUGAACCACCCUUCAUACUCUACCGAUUAUCUUACAUGUAUUACACUGCUUUAGGAACUAUAACUGCUAUUAGUGUUGGUUUAAUUGUCAGUUAUUUAUCUGCUACAAGCAAAAGGAAACAUUUGUCUAAAGACCUAUUCUCACCAGUUAUAUAUAGGUUUUUGAUGAAAGAAGAUGCUGUUGAAAAAGAUGUCACUCCGAAGAUAGCAAUGAAGUAGGCAAUCUUCAAUUCAUCUGCAAUAUAAUUACUUACUUUAUUCAAAUUCAAAAAUAAAUCUCUUAUAAAACAUUCCAAAAUAGUCAUGUUUCACAGAAUAAAGAACUGUCAAAAAUAAAUUUUAUUAAAGUA